AUGCUUGCUGCUAGAAAUAUUUUGCGCAAGAGCGCAGUCGCUAGCCCAAUCCGUUUGGCUAGCCGUUUCCAAUCCAAUGGUAAAGUUCAAGGUUCCGUUAUCGGUAUCGAUUUGGGUACAACCAAUUCAGCGGUUGCCGUGAUGGAGGGUAAGAUCCCAAAAAUCAUCGAAAAUGCCGAAGGUUCAAGAACAACGCCAUCGGUGGUUGCUUUCACCAAAGACGGAGAACGUUUGGUUGGUAUUCCAGCAAAACGUCAGGCUGUUGUCAACCCGGAGAACACUCUAUUUGCCACUAAGCGUUUGAUUGGUCGUCGUUUUGAAGAUGUUGAAGUGCAGAGGGAUAUCAAACAGGUCCCAUAUAAGAUCGUUAAGCACUCCAAUGGUGAUGCUUGGGUUGAAGCCAGAGGUCAGACUUAUUCACCAGCACAGAUCGGUGGCUUCGUUUUAAACAAGAUGAAGGAGACGGCCGAGGCUUACUUAGGUAAACCAGCUAAGAAUGCGGUUGUCACUGUGCCAGCCUACUUUAAUGAUUCCCAAAGACAGGCAACCAAAGAUGCGGGCCAAAUUGUUGGUUUGAAUGUUCUACGUGUUGUUAACGAACCAACUGCAGCUGCACUGGCCUAUGGUUUGGAAAAAUCUGAUUCAAAGGUUGUUGCCGUUUUCGAUUUAGGUGGUGGUACUUUUGAUAUUUCCAUUUUGGACAUUGACAAUGGUGUCUUUGAGGUUAAAUCCACAAACGGGGAUACUCACUUAGGUGGUGAAGAUUUUGAUAUAGUUUUAUUGAGAGAGAUUGUUUCUCGUUUCAAGAAGGAGUCCGGUAUCGAUCUAGAAAAUGACCGUAUGGCAAUCCAAAGAAUCAGAGAAGCUGCUGAAAAGGCAAAGAUCGAAUUGUCUUCAACAGUUUCCACAGAAAUUAACUUACCAUUUAUUACCGCAGAUGCAUCUGGUCCUAAACAUAUCAAUAUGAAAUUCAGCAGAGCUCAAUUUGAAACUCUUACCGAACCAUUAAUCAAGAGAACUGUUGAUCCUGUUAAGAAGGCUUUGAAAGAUGCCACAUUGAGCACUUCUGAUAUUUCAGAAGUCUUAUUAGUUGGUGGUAUGUCAAGAAUGCCAAAAGUUGUGGAAACUGUCAAACAAUUAUUUGGUAGGGAACCAUCAAAGGCUGUUAACCCAGAUGAAGCCGUUGCCAUUGGUGCAGCCAUUCAAGGUGCUGUCCUAGCUGGUGAAGUCACUGAUGUUCUAUUGUUAGAUGUUACACCUUUAUCGUUGGGUAUCGAAACUUUGGGAGGAGUUUUCACUAGAUUAAUCCCAAGAAACACAACAAUUCCAACUAAGAAAUCUCAAAUUUUCUCUACUGCUGCAGCAGGCCAAACUUCUGUUGAAAUUAGAGUUUUCCAAGGUGAGAGAGAGUUAGUCAGAGACAACAAGUUAAUUGGUAAUUUCACUUUAUCAGGUAUUCCACCAGCUCCAAAAGGUGUUCCACAAAUCGAAGUUUCUUUUGAUCUAGAUGCUGAUGGAAUUAUCAACGUCUCUGCAAGAGAUAAGGCUUCUAAUAAAGAUGCUUCUAUCACAGUAGCAGGAUCAUCUGGUCUAUCUGAAUCUGAAAUCGAACAAAUGGUUAACGAUGCUGAAAAAUUCAAGAGCCAAGAUGAAGCCAAGAGACAAGCAAUUGAAACUGCAAACAAAGCUGAUCAACUAGCUAAUGACACUGAAAGUUCUUUGAAAGAAUUUGAAGGUAAACUCGACAAAGCUGAAGUUCAAAAAGUUCAAGAUUUGAUUACUUCCUUGAGAGAAAUCGUCGCUAGAGUCCAAUCUGGUGAAGAAGUCAAUGCCGAUGAUCUAAAGGCAAAGACUGAAGAAUUACAAAAUGCUUCAAUGAAAUUAUUUGAACAAAUGUACAAGAAUGACAGUAAUAACAAUGGCGAAAGUGGUAACCCUCAAUCUGGCGAACCAAAACAAUGA